AUGGGGAUUAUAAAAAAACUUCCAGAUGAUGUUGUAAAUUUGAUUGCUGCAGGUGAAAUUAUUGCAAAACCUUCAAAUGCAAUAAAAGAACUUAUUGAAAAUUCUAUGGAUGCUAAUGCAACGGAAAUAAAUAUUAAAAUUUCUGAUGGUGGUUUGGGUUUAUUACAAAUUCAAGAUAAUGGUUGUGGAAUACAUAAGGAUGAUUUAAACAUUGUUGCCGAAAGAUUUACAACGUCUAAAUUGCAAUCUACUGAGGAUUUGAAAAGAAUGCAAACAUAUGGAUUUAGGGGAGAAGCUUUAGCAAGUAUUUCAUGUAUAUCUGAUUUAAAUAUUACUAGUAGAGUACCAAGUUCAAAUAUGGCUUAUAGUGCUGAUUUUGUAUUGGGAAAGCUUGAUGGGACAAUAAAAGUGGCUGCAGGAAAGGUUGGUACAAUAGUUACUGCCAGAAAUUUAUUCAAAAAUCUUAAAGUACGAAAGAAGUCUUUUAAAAAUUCUACAGAAGAGAGAAAUCGUAUAUCAGACACCAUUGCAAGAUAUGCAAUUGAAAAUCCUCAUAUAUCUUUUUCAUUUAAAAGUGAUUUAAAUAAAAUUUCAUUUAGAACCUCUGGCAAUAAUAGCAUUAAGGAUUGUGUUUCUAGUUUACUUGGUGGAGAUAUUGGAAAUUGUCUUGUGGAGCGAAGUUUUUCUGAUGAAAGACUUCAAUUUGAAUGUAAAUUUGUUUUUACGAAGCCAAAGGCUGCGCAUACAUCAACAUAUAUAAAGGACAAAGUAGAAAAUAAACGAAUCUUCCAUGUAUUUAUAAACAAACGUCUAGUCGAAUGUAAUUCACUACAAAAUGCUAUUAAUAAUACAUUCAGCUUAUGUGACAAAAUAUGCAAUUUUAUUUCUGUUUCUUUAAAAAUUAACCCUGAAAGAGUUGAUGUUAAUGUACAUCCAUCUAAAAAAAAUGUUAUUUUUUUAAACUCUGAACAGAUUAUUCAAAAACUUUGUGAUUAUUUAAAAGAUUAUUGUUGUAAUGAAGCGAGUGCCACAAUAGAGUUAAAAGAUAAUACACAAAAUUUAUCUCUUGAUUUUGAUGUUUUAGGAUAUGAAAAAUUAAAAAUACACAACACACCAGUAUCACAGAGGGUGACGAAAGGUUUACAAAACGACACAAUAGAGUGUAAUAACAAGGAAAUGGAAAAUUUGAAUUUAACACAUAGUUCUAUAUGUGAUAAUUCUUCAUCAAAAGAUAAUAAUGAAAUAUCAAUAAUUUCUUCAACUUCAAAAACUGAAGAGUUAAAUUCUUCAACUGAACCAAUUGCAAAAAAAUCAAAGAUAAUGAGAGAUAGUGAUCAACCAUUAAUUUUAGAUUUUGUUAGUGGAGGUGAUAAAUACAAAAAUGCACAGUUAGAUGUUGAAACAUUUGAAUCAUCACAAAAUGAAUUUUCAACAAAAAAAGUGUAUGAUUAUUAUAAAGAUAGAACAAAUACUGUAGACAGAAAAAUAUCUGAAUUUUUCUAUAAAGAUAAUAAAGACGACUUUAGACGUCAUUGUAUUUCGCAAGAUGUAACAUUGGUUUCCAUUGAUAAUCCUGCAGGAGUUAUUGAAUUGAAAGAAAAAUACGAUUCGUUACAAAUAUCACUUGUUAGAGAAUUUGACCUUAAAUCAUUAAAAUCUUUAAUUGAUGAAGUAUUUAAAUCAGUUGAUGACGAGUUGAAAGAAAUAUUUCAUUGUUUUACAUUUGUUGGAUUUCCAAAUGAUUUAGACUAUCUUUUAAUUCAACAUAAUACUUGUCUAUUUAGAUUAAAUUUUGUUGAUAUUUUUGGUGAAAUAUUUUAUCAACUAUUUCUUUUUUCAUUUGGAAAUUUUAGUAUUUAUAGAUUUGAAGCAGAAAGUGAUGAUGAUUUGCCCUAUUUGGAUGAUUUGUUAAGAUGUUACUUUAUACUUAACAAUGGGGAUAUUGAAGGUGAAUCUGUUAUUUCUGAUGUUAAAAAAGGAAUAGAAUUUUUAGUGAAACAAAAAGAUAUGUUAUGGGAUUAUUUUGGGAUAUUAAUUGAAACGAAGAAUUCUAAGCCUUAUCUCUCAGCAAUUCCAUUACUUUUAAAAAAUUACGUUCCUCAUUAUGAGGCAUUGCCUAGUCUUAUAUACAAUUUAAUUGGUGGUGUUGAUUAUAAUAAUGAAUCACGCUGUAUUCAACAAAUAUGUUGUAUACUAUCAAAUUUUUAUAUUCCCAAAACAAAAUUUUGUGCAAAAGUCGAAGUUGAAAAAAAUAUUUAUUGUUUAAACAAAACAGUAGAGCAAUGGCAGGAGAUAGUGAGAGAAAUUUUAAUACCCUUGAUACCAAAAUUUCACCCAUCGGAAAAUUUGAGAAGAAAUAUGGCUGUUUAUAAAGUAACAAAUUGUCGUGAAUUAUAUAAGAUAUUUGAGCGUUGUUAA